UGCUACGUUUCACACUGCUCAGUUCAAUUUGAAGCUUUCCGCGUUGAAAAAUGCCCUAAUAACUAUCACUAAAACCUCCAGAGCAGGUUUUAUUAAUGCAGUUUUCUGGUAUAAAUACAUGUAACAUUGCUAGCUGUUACAAAAUUGCGGCUUAAUGACAGUAUUAUUCACGUGUUAGCCUCAUGGCUGACUCCUUGACCGUAAGUAGCCUGUACUUCAUACCAGAUUCAAGCAGCUAAGGUGAAGCUAGGCGACCACUGGAAGCGGCGCUGGUAGUGGAGACUUGCGGCAGCGGCGUUAGGGAUGGACCCGAAUCCAGCAAAGCGGCUCCGGACGGCGGAGGAAGAGGAAGGAGAAGUGAGAGAAAACGGAGGAGGAGAGCAGCCAGAGGCGGAGAGGAGGAAGACGGCGGAUGUGAGUAUCAUCAUGCCGGUGCACAACGCAUCAUCUUGGCUGGAGGAGUGUCUGCAGGCCAUAAUGCACCAAGACUUCACCGGCUCCAUGGAGCUCUCCGUGUUUGAUGAUGCAAGCACAGAUGACUCCAGGAAAGUGCUGGAGGGCUGGAGGGAGAGGAUGGAGGAUCGGGGAAUCUCAGUGGUGAUCUCUGGUCACGGUUCUUCCCAACCUGGAGGAGUGGGAUUUGCAAAAAAUAAGGCAGUGACUCAGAGUAGUGGACGGUACUUGUGCUUUCAGGAUGCGGAUGACAUUAUGUUGCCCCAGAGAGUCCGUUUGCAGUAUGAAACAUCUAUCCUCCAUCCAAACUCUCUGAUUGGCUGUAGAGUCCAGCGGCUGCCGGAGGGAUCUACGGAGCGAUACGCUCGCUGGAUCAACUCACUGGCUCAGGAUCAGCUCCUCACUCAGGCAUACACCUCCCAUGGGCCCACGGUUGUCAUGCCAACAUGGUUCUGCUCAAGGAAAUUGUUCAUGAAAGUCGGAUUGUUUGACGAAGGAGGCAAGGGAGUCCCGGAGGAUCUGCUCUUCUUCUACCAGUUCCUUCGUCAGGGAGGCUCUCCGCUCAGGGUGGACCAGCGCCUGCUGGUUUAUCGGUACCACGAGGCGGCUGCUACUCAUUCUGUGACCGAGGAGACUAUCUGGAAGCUGCGCGUUGACUUUCUGCAGGAGAGAGUUCUCAGCCAGUGGGAAAGCUUCACCAUCUGGAAUGCCGGGAAACAGGGGAGGAAACUCUACCGAAGCCUGAGCCUGAUCAAUCAGAAGAAGGUCAAAGCGUUCUGCGAUGUGGAUGAAAAAAAAAUUCAGAAGCGAUUCUACACACAUGAGGAAUCCAAGGAAAGACCAAAGCCUACGGUCCCCGUCCUGCACUACAAAGAGGCCACGGGCCCCUUCAUUAUCUGCGUUAAACUGGACAUGACAGGAGGCGUCCUGGAGGAAAACCUCAACUCUUUGCAGCUGAAGGAAGGAACAGAUUACUACCAUUUCAACUGACGGCUCAACGUGCUGCAGGAGACCACAGGAGCCCCGCAGCUCAACUACCACACCUUGUGAACUGUGGGCCCACGCAAACCAAACAAUAAACCAAAGACAUUUUCACAGGUUUGUGAGCAUGCAUUUGUUGGUCUGCAUGCUGUUUUGACUGUUGCAGAAGUUUGUCUAUGAAGCGAAGCCACACUGAAACGAGCAGGUUAUUCUUGUCGGGUUUUAUAGAAAACCUAAAAUAGCCCAGACUUCAAUUACUUAAAGAGUUGUUAAGCCUUUAGCAGGCAGUUUAACUGAAAACUGUGUCCGCACCUUUCCUUCCGGUCAGUCAGCUUGUGGGAGGGAGGGGUUUUAGAGAGAGCUCGCGUGUCACUGAAGCGGAGUCGGCUGCUGGCACGCGCCCCUGCUGACGCGCUCUCAGAGAAAGUUGGCUCUAAUCAAGCCGCCGUUGUCCGGUCGGCUGCGCCUGCGCUCUGCUCCCUUUUAAAACAACCCCGAGGUCCGAUUCUUUUCCUACCUCAGACGCUCCGGGUUUGACUUCGGACCCGCGCGUCAUGUAGCCCCUCGCGCUCCCUGCCGAUGCUUGUUGUGGAUAUUUUUAAAGCGGAUAAGUUGCGGGGAGCGCGUGAGGUUGAACUGGUGGAGGUGGGGGGAUCCGGUGAACCGCCAGGGCGGACAG